GGACGGAUCUCAUAAUAAGGUUGUAUCCUAUCUCUGCAAAUUUGAGGACUCCAAUCUAGAUCUAAGACGAAGAUCGAGAUGGUGACCACUACUUGCUGUGGUGGCAAAGGAGCAACAAUUGAUGGUGGUGAGUUGAAUCAGAAGGAAGGUGAAGCUUCACACUUGGAUGGAGAAGCUGGAGAUCGAGGACGAGAAGCUCUUUCAGCUAAUCUCCUCCUUGGAUGGAUUGAUGGUCAUGAAGCAGCCCCAGUGCCAACUAUCUCCAAAAACGAUAAAAUUGUCCCUAAUCCAGAGUAUACCUCCUGGACCAUCGUUGACACACAGAUCCGCGCCUGCCUCCUAGCGGUCAUCAGCCCCUCCGUUCACAAACAUGCUCGCGGCUUCACCACAUCUGCUGCCCUCUGGGAUGCUUUGGCCGCACGGUACAACUCCGUGUCCACCGCUCAUGUUUAUCAACUUCGGGACAAACUCCACACUCUUCGUAAAGGUACCAAAACUAUGACACAAUACCUUGAUGAUGUGGCAACUAUUCUCUCGGAUCUCGAUGCCUUGAAAGAAGAGAUCCCUGAACGUGAUGUGGUGAAUGCUGUUAUUCGUGGUCUUCCCACCGAAUACUCAUCCUUUAAGCAAAACAUUCGCAUGAACAAUACCAAUNAUGAAGCAGCCCCGGCGCCAACUAUCUCCAAAAACGAUAAAACCGUCCCUAAUCCAGAGUAUACCUCCUGGACCAUCGUUGACACACAGAUCCGCGCCUGCCUCCUAGCGGUCAUCAGCCCCUCCGUUCACAAACAUGCUCGCGGCUUCACCACAUCUGCUGCCCUCUGGGAUGCUUUGGCCGCACGGUACAACUCCGUGUCCACCGCUCAUGUUUAUCAACUUCGGGACAAACUCCACACUCUUCGUAAAGGUACCAAAACUAUGACACAAUACCUUGAUGAUGUGGCAACUAUUCUCUCGGAUCUCGAUGCCUUGAAAGAAGAGAUCCCUGAACGUGAUGUGGUGAAUGCUGUUAUUCGUGGUCUUCCCACCGAGUACUCAUCCUUUAAGCAAAACAUUCGCAUGAACAAUACCAAUAUUUCGUUAAAUCAGCUUUCUGGAUGGCUGAUCUCCGAAGAAAUAAACCUGGAGAUGGAGAAUAAACUCAGCCUCACCGAGUCUACCAUCACCGAACCUCGCACAACACUUCUCGCUAUGAACGGUCGAGAUAGUGGACAAUCCUACCAACCAGGUGCGGUACAAGGGCCUCUGUGAGCAUGGGUUAUACACACUUCCUUCCAAACUCCCAACCGUUGCGUAUCAAGCUAUCCAAGAGUCCACUUGGCAUCAUAGACUCGGUCAUCCAGCUCCUGCGAUUGCCAAAUCUAUUUUGUCUUCCUUAGGUUUUCAGUUUUCAGAGCCUUUACAUUGUGAAUCAUGUUAUGUCUCUAAGUCCUGUCGUUUACCUUUUGAAUUGUCUGAACAUAA